AUGCGAAGGGGCCGAUGAAGAGUUGGAAAAAUAACUAAGAUUUGUAGAUAAACUUAUAAACAUAAAAUGUAAAUUUGAAACGCACUGUCAAAAGGAAAGACGAGUGGAUAAACGCCGAUGAAACUAUAAAUACUAGUGCUGCGCAUGUGAUCUAAAUGCCUUAUUCAAGAGAAUUGUGCGCUGCUAAGAGCAGGCGCCGACUAUGUUCGACUCGACCAAAGGCGCCUUGCUCGUAGCGCCAUCUCUUGUCAACAGUUCCUGCUGGUUCAACGGCAAAGGCUGGCCCACCACUUUUCCCGCUCCAGUUGAUAUAGUCAAAGCUUUUUUCAUAUUCGCUCUAUCUAUGGGCAUAGUUUUCGCAAACCUAGUUCUUAUUUGCGUGCUUAGCAAUCGGAGGUAUAUCAAGUAUAUCGAAAACCAGCCGAGGUAUUUGCUGACAUCCUUGGCUCUUAACGACUUGUUCACGGGAAUCUUGGUAGCUCCCGUGGCCCUACUUCCAGCGCUUUACAAGUGUUGGCCCUACGGUGAAAUUUUCUGUCAAAUACAGGCCUUAUUGAGGGGAGCAGUAAGCCAACAGAGUGCUGUUAUAUUAGUCUGUAUGGCUAUCGACAGAUAUCUCUUUCUGCUUCAUCCAAAUACCUACCAAAAACAUUCAAGUAAAAAGGGUUGCGUGUUAGUGAUAAGCAUUACGUGGAUCCUGUCCGUAUCACUCUUCGCUAGUAUGGUGCUACCUCGCUCCGGGUACUAUUUCAACUCCACGGGGCUUAUGGCCUGUGAUGUUUUUCACAGUAGAGUAGCGUUCAGAAUCCUGUCGUGCUGCGCCUACUAUUUCCCGACGACCAUGGCGCUGAUGUACUGCUACGGGUCCGGGUUCCACGUGAGCAAGAACCGAAGCAAGUGUGUGCCGGACCCGGUGAGGCCCAACGGGAUUCCGCCGCCAUGCGCGAAGAGCGCUCUGGACAGUCAUGAUGCGGUCACAGUGAUCCAAGCACCAGCCAGACCUCAUAGCGUCAGCACGUCUCGAACCAUGGCCGCGAUGUCUUUAGGAUUCAUUGUAAUGGUCACCCCUGCAACUAUACAAGAGGUCGUAGCAGCGUGUACCGGUUGCAAGGUUCCACCGACGCUAGACUUUAUUGUGACUUGGCUGGCUCUUAGCAACAGCUUUUGGAAUCCCUUCUUGUACUGGCUUUUGAACAGUCACUUCAGAAGAAUCAGCAACGAGUUACUUCAGUAUUAUAUUUGCUGCCGAAGAUCAAAAUCUUUCGGCAACUAUGACAAACCAACGGGCUGUUGCGGCUCCCCAAUCACAUCCGAUGGACGACAUUCGAAGGGAGAGUUCGAAGGAAUAGGCGAAAAAUAUUGGGGCGAGAUACUAGAACGCACGGUAUCAUCUACAUCUCUGCAUGCUAUUCAAAAAGCAUGCCAUAGAGAUCCUCUGCGGUGCACUGGAUCCUUUAAAGGAUGCCCAAGUAGUAUGUGUAAACAUGACCCAAGAUAUUUUGAUGUUUGUGGGCCUACAGACUACAGACAGUUUGAUAGAUCAGCUUUUCAAAUCGAAUCAUGCUCAAGACAAUGUAGACUUAAGAAUUCAGACAUCUGCCUCUUUAGACCAGCACCAGAACUGGAAUGUGGCAGGUCGCGGUCAAUUUUAAGCUUAGAUGAAGGAAAUUUCAACAAGACUUGCAAUGGCAGACACCCAGAAUUGUGAGAGUUCCGACAAUGCCCGGUCUUCGGGCACAGGAGCAACAGUAUAGGAGUAUACCCAGGGAUAGAUCACUUUAACUCAAACAUUAAGUGGAAGUUUGAUGACUCUCCUGACGUUGAUGACGAUAUGCAGACUUUGGAGCAAAAUUUGGAUAGGAUAC